AUGCAAAAUGCGGUAUACUCACCCUGUGCCCCGAGUGCUGUAGAGGAACCGGACUCGAGGUCCAGCCUUUGCCUUAAAGUGUCUCCCGAGCUCACUGCCUCUGAAAUUCCACGUCCCGGAGCUCGACUCCGGCUGCCUCUGGGGGCUCCCAAUGAUCCUCAGCAGGGCUUGGGCCUUGCUGGGUCCAUUUUGCUCCUAGCAGGGGCAGGCACAGCAGCUAAGACUGUGAACCAUCAACUGCCAGACCCAGCAGACAGAAAACCUAGAGAUGUCUAUGGACCUGUGCAAGAUGGAGGGAGAUGUGUGACAGCUAAAGGAUUUGCAAAGCAGGCACCUGGAGAUGAGCGUUUGCUUCCAAGACAGGCUAGAUUUCCUGGGUCUUCGUCAGUGGGGGGUCACCUGAUUUCUCUGUCAGAUCCGAACCCUCGGGAGAAUGGUAGCACCAUCCUACAUCCUAUGUGUACAAGAGGGGCCAGGUGUGAUAGAGACCCAGUGUUAUCGUCCCUUUCCCGUCCCUGUCCCCGGACGCUCGUGGACGCCGAGUGGCAGGCGGCUGUCCCAAGCAGCGGAUGCGCGUUGUUGCGCGCUCUAUAUGCUCCUUUUGCAGAGCCAGCCUUCGGGGAGGUGAACCAGCUGGGAGGAGUGUUCGUGAACGGAAGGCCGCUGCCCAACGCCAUUCGGCUUCGCAUCGUGGAAUUAGCCCAACUGGGCAUCCGACCUUGUGACAUCAGCCGCCAGCUACGGGUCUCGCACGGCUGCGUCAGCAAGAUCCUGGCGCGCUACAACGAGACGGGCUCGAUUUUGCCCGGAGCCAUCGGGGGCAGCAAACCCCGGGUCACCACUCCCACUGUGGUGAAACACAUCCGGACUUACAAGCAGAGGGACCCGGGCAUCUUCGCUUGGGAGAUCCGGGACCGCCUGCUGGCAGACGGCGUGUGCGACAAGUACAACGUGCCCUCGGUGAGUUCCAUCAGCCGGAUUCUGCGCAACAAGAUCGGUAACUUGGCCCAGCAGGCUCAUUACGACUCGUACAAGCAGCACCAGCCUGCGCCUCAGCCCGCGCUACCCUACAACCACAUCUACUCUUAUCCCAGUCCCAUCGCGGCGGCCGCUGCUAAGGUGCCUACACCACCCGGGGUGCCGGCCAUCCCCGGUUCAGUGGCCAUGCCGCGCACCUGGCCCUCCUCUCACUCUGUCACCGACAUCCUGGGCAUCCGCUCUAUCACCGACCAAGGAGUGAGCGACAGCUCCCCCUACCACAGCCCCAAGGUGGAGGAGUGGAGCAGCCUGGGCCGCAACAACUUCCCAGCCGCGGCCCCGCACGCAGUGAAUGGACUGGAGAAGGGGGCCUUGGAGCAGGAGGCCAAGUACGGGCAGGCACCAAAUGGCCUCCCAGCUGUGAGCAGUUUUGUAUCAGCAUCUAGCAUGGCUCCUUACCCUACUCCAGCUCAAGUGUCACCUUACAUGACCUACAGUGCUGCUCCUUCAGGUUAUGUGGCUGGACAUGGGUGGCAACAUGCCAGCAGCACCCCUCUGUCCCCCCACAACUGUGACAUUCCCGCAUCGCUGGCUUUCAAGGGAAUGCAGGCAGCCAGAGAAGGUAGCCACUCUGUGGCGGCUUCUGCACUCUGA